AUGUUCUACGCGGACGAUGACAUCUACACACUCCAUCAGUCGCAGCCGCUGCAAGCUAUAUUGCAUUUCCAGGCCUCCACAACCUUGCCCGACGAGACAUUUAUUGUGUCAAUUGUGCACAAAGCCUUGCGUAAAAAGUCGACUUUUCUAAAACUGCGUCAACUAUUCGUCGCAGCUCUCAUUUUCGGGGCAGCAAGGGACUCAAAGGGACCAGUCGUUGACACCAGCGCGCUUUCCGAAACCACUCUUUGUCAUGUCGCUUGUGCACGGAGGUGCUCGACAUGGAAGGGAAUCCAGCACAGAGCAGAGAACAUGGCUACAAUGACGAAGAAGAAGCGCAAGCACGAGGAGGACGAGGAUGUUCCCAUGACCAACACCGCCGACGGUGAGAAGAAAAAGAAGAAGAAGAAGUCCAAGUCCAAGGAUGAGUAG